AUGGACCCCAUAGAGCCGACGAAGCGGCCUGCGGACGGGACUGCGAGCAACGCCUUGCCCAUUGAGAUUCCAGAUUCAUCUACUGAUGAACCAGCCGCUAAGAGGGUCAGAAUCGAUGAGACAUCGCAAGCCUCGCAGGGUACAACUCAUAAGGCCCCAAGGCCCAGAGUCAAAGGAGUUGCGCCCAUCAAGGAAGAAUAUCUCGUCUUGGCACACAGUCAAGCUACAAAAUCAGGGGGUGAGACCGAGGACAUCGACGACGAUGCUGCCGAGGGACGGACUGCGCCGGAUGCCCAGGGCCUCCAGCAGGGUCCCGGCAAAGGCGCGAAACGGAAGAAGCAGAAGGGCGGCCAAAACAAGGAAAGGGAUUUUGGCACCUUUUCAGACGCCCAACGUUUAUGCAACUCAGUGGCAUGGACUCCUGAGUUCUCUCCUCGGCCUUGCAAGCAAGGCGAUCGCUGCAAUGCCCUGCACGACAUUCGGAAAUACCUUAAAGAGGGCCGCCGUGCCGAUCUCACCACUUUCGGGGGCAAAUGCCCUGUGUUCGAGAAGUACGGCAAGUGCCCUUCCGGCUGGCGCUGCCUCUUUGUGGGGAGCCACAUGAAAGAGGUCAAACAUGAAGACGGCCGAUCAGAGCUGGUAGUCUUGGGCGUCGGGAGCGAAUCGACAGCGGAUCAGGGAGACGGCGAUGUCGGCGAGGUCAAGCCUGGGGUGGUGAACGUGGUGCCAGCCAGCGUCAAGAUUGACCUCUCUAGAAAACGUGUGGCACUAGACAAGUCCGACAAGUACUUGGACUGGCUUGCCAAGGAUACCGAACUAUUACGGGAACAUUACCACAAGAAAAAGGACGACGAGGAUGCCUCUAAAGACUAUAGGGCGCAGUAUGUCGAGCCGCCCCUCAAACCAUCCGAAAAAAGGAGGAUAUACUUUGGUCGAGAAACGCCAGUUCUUGCUCCUCUGACGACUCAGGGGAACCUCCCUUUCCGCCGUCUCUGCGUCGAGCUGGGUGCCCAGGUGACUUAUUCCGAGAUGGCCCUUGGGCUGCCGCUACUACAGGGUCAAAAAGCAGAUUGGACACUGAUGAGGGCGCAUGAGACCGAGAUAACCCCACCGCUCUUCAACCCAAGUGGCUCCGUUGUUCAAGGCUACGAUAACACGAAAGACCUCAAGUUUGGCGCGCAGAUUGCAGCCAACGUCCCGUGGGUGGCCAUCAAAGCCGCCGAGGUCCUGUCUCGCUUCUUGCCCCAUCUUCGGUUGAUCGACCUCAAUUGCGGUUGCCCCAUCGAUAUGGUCUACAAGUCGGGAGCCGGGUCAGCGCUUCUGGAUGCUCCGUCGAAGCUGGAGCGGAUGAUCAGGGGAAUGAACGCUGUGUCAGGAGAAGUACCAAUCACGGCAAAGAUCCGCAUGGGUGUCAGGGACGACAAGUUCACGGCCCACAAGCUGGUUGAGCGUCUGGCGCUUGGAAGCGAGGACAUGCGCGGCGUUCUCGGCGCUCCUGGGUGUGCCGCCGUGACGCUGCACGGGCGGACCAGGCAACAGCGGUACACGCGGGCUGCCAACUGGAGCUACAUCGCCGAGUGCGCCGCCCUGGUGAAGCAGUAUAACGAGAAGUGCGACGACCUAGCCGAUACCGUCCGCCAAGUCGAGGAGAACACGCUGCCCAACGGAGGGAAAAUGUACUUUCUCGGCAACGGCGACUGCUACUCGCACGUCGACUACUAUGAUCAUCUCGACAAGGCAAAGGUUGACAGUGUCAUGAUUGGUCGAGGCGCAAUCAUCAAGCCGUGGAUUUUUGAAGAGAUCCAGACCGGGCAGUAUCUGGACAAGUCAGCGUCGGAACGGCUGACGUACGUUGAGAAAUUUGCCCGCUACGGCAUCGAGGCCUGGGGUUCCGACGAACUCGGCCUCAACUACACAAGACGAUUCCUUCUCGAAUUCUUGAGCUUUUUCCACCGCUAUGUGCCCAUUGGCCUUCUGGAAUACCUCCCGCCCAACAUGAACGAGAGGCCGCCCGCUUAUCGUGGCCGAAACGACCUUGAGACACUGCUUGCAAGUAAGAACUACAAGGAUUGGAUCAAGAUCAGUGAAAUGUUCCUGGGUCCAGCUCCUCCCGAAUUCAAAUUCCAGCCAAAGCACAAAUCAAACAGCUAUGAGAUUGAUGCUGAGGGCUGA